CGGAGAACUAGCGUACAUCGGCGGCCUGCCAUGACACAAAACUCAGCUAGUAAGCUACUGAAUAGAGAUGCCAGCCAAGACAAGAAAACAUGCGGAAACGGGUUCGUGAAGAGCCACUGCUUGUUCCAACAGAAGCGCUACCGCCGCCCGGCGGAGAAGAAUCAUCAUGCUUCAUGCACCUCACUGCUUUACAACAAGCUGUUUGUGGAGUCAUUUGAGGAGACGCCAUUACUGGUAGCCGUCCUUACUUACAUGGGAUAUGGCAUCCUCACCAUUUUUGGAUAUUUGCGAGAUUUCCUUAGAGACUGGAAGUUUGAGAAGUGUCAUCUGGCAAGAGAAAGAGAAGAACAGAAGGAUUUUGUUCCACUGUACCAGGACUUUGAGAACUUUUACACCAGGAAUCUGUAUAUGAGGAUCAGAGACAACUGGAACAGGCCCAUAUGCAGUGUUCCUGGAGCCAAGAUGGAUCUAGUGGAGCGGGUCACUCCAGACUACAACUGGACCUUUGAGCACACUGGGAAGGUUCUGAAGGAUGUUAUCAAUAUGGGCUCUUAUAACUACCUCGGUUUUGCUGAGAAUUCUGGCACAUGUGCUGAUGCUGCCGCUUACAGCACUGUAAAAUAUGGUGUCGGGGUAAGCAGCACCAGACAGGAGAUAGGAAAUCUUGACAAACACGAGGAGUUGGAGAAGCUGGUGGCCAGGUUUCUUGGAGUGGAGUCAUCCAUGGUGUUUGGAAUGGGCUUUGCUACAAACUCCAUGAAUAUCCCUGCGCUCACAGGAAAAGGUUGUCUGAUCUUAAGUGAUGAGCUCAAUCAUGCAUCUCUGGUUCUGGGUGCCCGUCUCUCUGGCUCUACCAUUCGUGUAUUCAAACACAACAAUAUGCAGAGUCUGGAGAAGAUGCUUCGGGAUGCCAUUGUACACGGACAACCUAGAACCCACCGACCCUGGAAGAAGAUCCUAAUUGUUGUUGAAGGCAUUUACAGCAUGGAGGGCUCAAUUGUCCGACUUCCUGAGAUCAUUGCGCUAAAGAAAAAAUACAAAGCUUACCUGUACCUGGAUGAGGCCCAUAGUAUCGGAGCGCUGGGAACACGAGGCAGAGGUGUGGUGGACUACUUUGGCCUGGAUCCGUCUGACGUUGACAUCAUGAUGGGCACCUUCACCAAGAGCUUUGGUGCCGCUGGAGGAUACAUCGGAGGAAAGAAGGAGCUGAUUGAUUACCUCCGCUUGCAUUCUCACAGUGCAGUUUAUGCUACCUCAAUGUCCCCGCCUGUCACUCAGCAGAUUAUCACUUCUAUGAAGUGCAUUAUGGGAGAGGAUGGCACCACAUUAGGUCAAGAAAGACUCCGUCAGCUGUCAGAAAACACAACCUACUUUCGCCGGAGAUUGCAUGAGAUGGGCUUUAUCAUCUAUGGAAACAAUGACUCCCCUGUUGUACCCUUGAUGCUUUACAUGCCAGCUAAAAUCGGAGCAUUUGGGCGGGAGAUGCUGAAGAGGAACAUUGGCACAGUGGUAGUUGGGUUUCCUGCAACACCCAUCAUUGAGUCCCGAGCACGUUUCUGUGUUUCUGCCGCCCACACAAGAGAAAUGCUGGACACUGCUUUAAAUGCCAUCAGUGAAGUUGGAGAUCUGCUUCAGCUGAAAUACUCAAGAAAGUACAGGGGUGAAGAAAGCAGCUGUUUUUCCUAUCUGGAGAGCCACCAGGACUAGCAAUUUCCCAUGAUGAACAGGUUGUCUUUACCCCUGAGAAACAUGUUUUCUUUUCUGUCUGUCUAUUUUGUGUAUAACGUAUUCAUCAUUUACAUGUCAAUUCAAUUCAGCGGGUGUUCACUGAUGCUCACAAAUUGACCAAAUUUUCAAGUCUUACCUCUGGGUUUAGUAACCAAUAUUCAUUUCAUUGUGGAAGAUACAUUGUAGAAGAGAUCUUACUUUCCUGUGUUCAACAUCAGAAACGACACAGCAGGGUGCAAAUUACAGGGGGGUUUCCGGAGGUCUAAUUAACGCUCGAUCACUCCUGAAGGACAUCAAAACAAGAUGACGCGGCCUGCACUUUAAUAGUUAAGAAAUAGUUUGCUCUGAUCUGUAUCUUAAAUAAGAUUAAUAAUUAAAACACUAGAUUACUUCAAUAUACAUUUGAACACCCCUAUAAUGGUUCAUACCAUUGUAAAUGCAUGUUUGCACCUCAAAAUAUUGCGGAAACCGCCAAAUGUAGAGCACUAACAGACAGUGUAAGUGUUCACAAAACAUGUUUCUUUAAAAAAAAGGUGUUUGUAGAUGUCUGCAAAACGAGAUAAAUAGUUUGUAUUUUAUUAUAAACUGACUCGAACAUGGAAGUUAAACAGUAAAAUAAGAAAUAAUCUUUCAUAGUCAUCCCAAUAUCAUUGAGAACCACUUAAUAUCCCUAAAACACUGAAAACAAAAUAGAUGUAACUGAAUUAAAUAUAUAAAUUUGGUUCAUUGAGGCGUAUUACUGAACACCCCACCAAUCGUCAAUGUAUAAUGCGCACCCUGUGACACAAGAUAAAUCUGCUUUGGUGUCGGAACUAACUUUCUGCAUUAGCAUAAUAUUCAGUUUUCUAGACAAAUAUAUAAGUACGCAAAAUCAUUUUCCAAAAUAUCAGGCUUUUUGCCUUGUUUUCCAUUUAUAAUGUCUGCAACGAUGGAAUUUACUCAGGGCGAAGGUUGGAUAAUGUAAAAAAAAAAAUUUCUUUGGUCACUAUUUUGAUGGUCUGUUUGUUGAAUUGAAGUUGCAUUGCAUCACAUGUUAACUAAUUCUCAUUAGAUUAUAAGUAGACUGUUAGGUUGGGGUUAGUGUAAGUUGACAUGUACUUGCAGAGUUUCCUUUAGUCAGUUAAAUGUCUGUUGAAGCAGCAGUAUUAACAGAUAUUAAGUAGGCCGUCUGCUAAAUAGGCCUCUAAUUUUUUUUGCACGAUGUCUGUUUGGUAAAUAUUACAAAUUUUAUCUCGAUAUGUUUUAAACAUAACAAUAACCACAUACAAAUUAUUAAAUUGUAUUCUAUUGCAGUUUCCCCAGCCAUAUUAGCAUAGCUAUAAAAAAAAAGACUUUUAUUAGAACAGUGUUUCUCAACCAUGCUUCCAGAGGACCACCAGCUCUGCUCAUUUUCCGUGUCUUCUUAACCAAACACACCUGAUUCAGAUCACCAGGCCAUUAGGAGAGACUGAAAUAGGUGUUACAGACAAAGGAGACAUCCAAAACAUGCAGUGCUGGUGGUUGAUAAACACUGUGUAAGAAAACAAGCAGAGGUCCUGACUAUGACAACUUUUAUUUAUUUAUUUUUUUUGUGCGUGUAUAAUAAAACCGUGAUUAAGACACUCACACCAAAAUAACACUUUUAUUUUUUGUGGUGUACUUCUAUGCAAGUGUAAUCAAGCUUUAAAAGCUUGAAAUAAGCUCGAAUUUAAUACAUAUCCAAAAAAAAAAACUAAGGACAGAGGAGAGAAUCUAUUAUAGUAGAACAUGAAAUAACUAAGAGAUUAUACAUAUCAAUAUUAAAGUGUCUAUAAAAUAUCGACUUAUUUAUUAAUACACAUUUCAGUUUAUCUGCUCUUUACCUAGCGCAUACUAUGUUUGCGCAAGUCCUCAAAUCUUCAAAUAUAAAUCUUUUCAUAGGUGAUUCAGCAAUGUCUUAAUGAACUUUUAAGGAGGAAUAUUGACAUCCUCGGUUUCAUUUCAUCAGCUUUCUAUUUAAAUGAUGCGUGUUAAUUUCAGUUGUGGCACUUUUCACAAAUAGGAUGCAGUUUGGUGUACCUCACCUUUGUUUUUGCAUCAUUGUUUUUAUUUAUUUAUUUUUUUAAAGACUGAAAGAGAAAGUUCCAUACUGCUUGUAGAGAGAAAUCUCCAAACACCACUAAAAAAAAUUGUUAACUUGAAUUGAUAACAAUUCAAAAAUCUUUAUUUAUUGAUAAAGUUUAAAACUGAAAACUUCCUGACAUCUGUAAAAGAGUUUUAAUCCAUCAUUUGUAUUCUUAUCUGUGGAAAGUGCCUUCAUGUCGUACUUGAAUAUCUGUUACUUGCUGACCAAUUGCAGCUUGUUAAGUGUAUGACGUCUUAGCCAGGGCAUUUCACAAGAAAUACUCAUUUUAUUUAUUGAGUCAACAGAAACAGGCUGACACUGAACAGAAACAGGCUGACACUGCGUUUAACAUUUCAUUCUUUACGUCUGCUGUUAACAGGCAGCGGUAAAGAGAUAUUCAUGUUGCCUUUUGUAUUCAGUAAUUGCUUCUGAGUUUAAUAUUAAGAGUUAUGAGUUCUUACCUUGUGUUCUUCUUAGUGCUAAAUACGGGUCACUGUUUUGACACAUGAAGAUCUGUGUGUAUGAUGAUGAGGCUUGUGAAUGCCUGUCGGAUGUACAUUUUUUUCAUUCCCUUUUGUGUUCUGAAGUCGUGUUCUUAAUCCGAAAGGCAGCUCUACAUAUGUCUCUGAAUGCAGAGGUUUGUAUGCAGGACUUUAAAAUCUCAGAGCUACUGAUGACUGUUAGGAGAUGCAGAUAUGACCGUGGCAUGUACUGUAGGUUUUAAGUAGCCUUUAUAAAUGUAUGUAAUGCCAGCGAGCUGCAUUUGACUGUGAAACCAAAGGGCAUUCCACAUUCAGUUUGUCUGUUUAUUAGUUUGUCUCUUCGUUUUGUAUUGCAUUGUUCAUCAAAGAUGCGUCCUAUCACAAUUGUAAUGUUUGUCUUUGCAAGAAACUGACAUUCAUUGAAUGUGACUGAUCAUUUGUUUUUGAUGAUAAUAAAUAACAUAUUGAAAAGUGA